UCCUUCCUGCCCGCCCGCCCGCCGCCGAGGGGAGGCGGGACGCGGCGGCGGGCAGAAAGGCGCCGGGCUGGGCCGCGCCACCGGCUCUCCGUCCCCUCGGCGCUCGCUUCCCUCCCGCCUUCCCUCCCGCCCUGCGCGGGGCGGCGCCGCCGGCAUGGCCGGGCCCGCGGGCCGCCCGCCGCCCGCGCCGGCUGCACCUGCACAUGCAGUUGUGCCUGCACAUGGACUUUCUGCCGUGUCUGAACUUGCUCCCUGUGGGUAUACUAACCUUUUGCUUGGAAACCCAUAGAGUCUUCUUCCUGGGGUAGUGAAGACCAUAUGGUGCAGAUGUCAAACCAUUCACUCCUGAGAAAGCCAAGGAAGUUGUGAUGUCUCUGCAGCAACCUGCAGUCUUCUGUAACAUGGUUGACGAUUGGCCAGCCCUGCAAUGGAAUACGAAAUACCUGUCUGCGUUGUUGGAUGGAAAGACAAUACAGUUUAGGAUAGGCCUGAAGACAAUGGAUUUAGUUCCCCAGUUUGAAACCAGGUGUAGCUACGUGGAGGCUACACUUCAAGAGUUUUUGGCUUGGAGUUGUGGAGAGCCUUCCUGCCUCUCUGGACCAUUCAGUUGUUAUGAAUACUCCAAAUAUUGGGCUUAUGCUGACUACAAAUACAUUGCCAGGUUAUUUGAAGACAAGGCAGAAGUUUUCCAGGAUAUCAAGUGGUCUGACUUUGGUUUUCCUGGAAGAAAUGGAAAAGAGAGCACACUGUGGAUUGGUUCUGAAGGAGCAAACACUCCGUGCCAUUUGGACUCUUAUGGCUGCAAUUUAGUGUUACAAGUACAGGGAAGGAAAAGAUGGCACCUCUUCCCACCUGGUGACACCAGUUUCCUUUAUCCCACUAGAAUCCCUUAUGAGGAAUCCAGCAUAUUCAGCAAAGUCAAUGUUGCCAAUCCUGAUCCGAAAUGCUUUCCUGAGUUUAGGAACGCAACAGCCCAUGUUGUUACACUAGGUCCAGGACAGGUCCUGCUUGUUCCAAGGCACUGGUGGCACUACGUGGAAUCCAUUGACCCUGUCACUGUCAGCAUAAACUCUUGGAUUGAACUGGACGCAGACCAUGAAGCCCGUGUAGAAGAAGCAAUAACUCGAACACUGGUGUGUGCCAUAAAAUCAGCAGAAAAUCCCAGCAGUGCAGAUCUUUGGCUAAAUCCCACAGAGGUUGAGGCAACAUCCCAUGACAUCAAUCUUCAGUACCUAAAUAGUGCAGUGUCUGCAUAUUUCAAGAGUCGAAAGGCAAGUGUGUCAGAGGAGGCACAUCCCAGCAGCAUCAGUGCAGAGAAAAUGACAAGUGCCUCACACAAGAGGAGGAAAAGGCAAGUUGGCACUGAACCAGAGGGCUGCAAAUUACUAACCCAUGAAGCUGACUUUUCAACAGUUAAGGCAGAAAAGUUACAGAAAAUACCUUUUGGGCCUCAUCUUAUUCAAGUUUUACCUCAGUCUCAAGAAACAAGCUCAAAGGGUGCAAGAGCAGUUGAAAGUGACUACAGAGAUCUUAUCCAUGGAAAUGAAGGAGGACAUUUUGGAAAAUUACACUGUGCCAGGAAGCAAUUGGUAAUGAGUAAUGACUGUGAAACGCCUGCAAAUCAAAUGGAUUCAGACGGCAGUCCAAAUGCCUCACAAACAACCCUUUCUACCAAUGAUUUGCUGGACUGUUUGGUUAAUCCACGUGUCAUCAGUUUAGUGGCUCAGCUGCUGUUGGAGAGAACAAGAAUUUAAUGCUGGAGUGCUGUAUCAUUUCUGAAAUAAAUCAAAUGGUAGCCUCCUG